CACCACCGCUGGUAGCUAGCUAGUAGUACUACUCCUCCCCUCCUGUCUCUCCGUUCUUGUGAUCCGCGCCGGAAAGAAUGCCCCUUGUUCCUUGCAAAUUUAGUGAAAAAUUCCACUUUAGCUGUAGCAUCCGCCUCCUAGUUCUUUGGUUCCUCAAAAAUUAUGAGUGCUGCAUCCGGCCUUUUUAGCAUUAUUUUCUUUCUUCUACUUGUGCGACUGUGUUGUUCGAUCAGAUCCAGUUGGUUUGACUGAUGCAUCAGAGAGCGCCAGCUCGUGAAGGCGAUUAACCCUCGUUGUUCUUGUUGCUGCAGCAGACGGGAGAGAGAUCGACCAAGGGGCCGGAGACGCGCAAAGCCAUAGCUUCGUUCCUGUUUGCAUCGAUCGUUGCGGUUGCGGAGAUGGGUCGCGGGAAGAUCGAGAUCAAGCGGAUCGAGAACGCCACGAACCGGCAGGUGACCUUCUCCAAGCGCCGGGGCGGGCUGCUCAAGAAGGCCAACGAGCUCGCCGUGCUCUGCGACGCGCGCGUCGGCGUCGUCAUCUUCUCCAGCACCGGCAGGAUGUUCGAGUACUCCAGCCCCGCCUCCAGCUUAAGGGAUCUCAUUGAGCAGUACCAGAACGCCACCAACAGUCAGUUCGAGGAGAUUAACCACGAUCAGCAAAUAUUUGUGGAGAUGACACGGAUGAGGAACGAGAUGGAGAAGCUGGAUGGCGCCAUCCGGAGGUACACGGGCGAUGACCUCUCCUCCCUCUCCCUCGCCGACGUCAAUGACAUCGAGCAGCAGCUCGAGUUCUCCGUCGCCAAAGUCCGUGCAAGAAAGCAUCAGCUCCUGAACCAGCAGCUCGACAACUUACGUCGCAAGGAGCAUAUCUUGGAAGAUCAGAACAGUUUCCUGUGCCGCAUGAUCAGCGAGAACCAGCAUGGUGGCGACGGGAAGAUGGCGGUGAUGCCGCCGGUGCUGUCGAUGCUGACUCCAGCCUUCCCGGCGACGCCGUACUAUACGGGUGAGGAGUCGUCGAGCACCGCGCUGCAGUUGACGUCCCCGCAGCUUCAGCUCCACGCCGCCGAAGCGGCCGGGUUCCGGCUGCAGCCGACGCAGCCCAACCUGCAGGACCCGGCGUGCAGCAGCCUCCACGCCGGCCACGGCCUCCACCUCUGAGAUUUGAUCAUCACGCGGCGCCGGUGAUGGAUUGGUUGAUUCAUGAGCUCUCUGGAUUCAUGGAUUCUAGGAAGAAGAAGAUCACGGUGGAUGGAAGAUUGACCCUUAUGAUGCAUGCAUGAGGACGACUAUUUAAUUUGGGAGCUAUAUGUAUGUAAGAUAAGAUUCCAAUUGUGUGUCGUGUGUCUUAGGCUGUUCUGUCAUCAUGUUGCGUACUUAAGCUAGCUAUAUACAAUUGCCUGGUCAAAUGUUGGUACGUACGUAGAAAUCAAAUAGUUGUGCACGCAUGGGAUCGAGGACGAUGCAUACAUGUAAUAAUAAUAAGUUCAGAGUGAAUUCCACUUUUUAUAUA